AUGCCCCGCGAGGGAGGCGAAGCGUGUGCGCUGGCGGAGCUGGUCCAGUUCCACUGCCAGCUGCAACACCACCGCAUUCUGUGCCAGCCGGUGGAGCGGGUGUUCCGCAUGUGCCCCCGGCGCCCUGCGGUGGAAGUGACGCAGCUGGUGGAGUACGACGAGCACAACAAGCCGUACCUUCCUGAAGCGUUCGCCGAUUAUACCCCCCACACCCAUACCUGGGACGGCCGGCCGCGCGCGGAUGCACGCGAUGUGAAAGACGAGUAG